ACUUGACGCCUUCUGUUCCUCGCAUCCUCCAAGUCUUCCAUUUCUUCAAGCAGCUUCUUCCCCUUCCCCACUAAACCACUACGCCGAAGCAACCAAGGCAGGCCAGCAAGAACCCUAGCCUCACGAGCUCCGCACAGCAGAAAUCGCAAGAGAUCCCGACCCCCACACAGCGAUGCAGGCUCCGGCGAACCCCUCCGUUGACCUGCCGCCUCUGGUGGCGCCGCCGCCGCGGGUGAAGGCGCCCACACCGCGCCCUCCUCCGCCGGCUUCCCUCCAGCCCGACUCCCCGGGCGUCUUCUUCACCGCUGCUGCCGCUGCCGCUCCCCUGGGAUCCGCCCACCGCCGCAUCGCCAUCGCCGUCGAUCUCUCCGACGAGUCCGCCUUCGCCGUAAGCUGGGCCGUCGCCAACUACCUCCGCCCCGGCGACGCCGUCAUCCUCCUCCACGUCCGCUCCACGAAUGUCCUCUACGGCGCUGACUGGGGCUCCGUCACCCCCACAUCCCCCGAGGACGACGCCGAGGUCGCCGCGCGCAAGAUGGAGGAGGAUUUCGAUGCGCUCACCGCGUCCAAAGCCGAGGACCUGGCUAAGCCACUCCAGGAGGCGGAGAUUCCCUACAAGAUCCACAUCGUGAAGGAUCACGACAUGAAGGAGAGGCUCUGCCUCGAGGUGGAGAGGCUAGGGCUUAGCGCGGUGAUCAUGGGGAGCAAGGGGUUUGGUGCGGCGCGGCGGGCCAGCAAGGGUAGGCUUGGGAGCGUGAGCGAUUACUGCGUCCACCACUGUAUUUGCCCCGUGGUGGUGGUGCGUACCCCUGAUGAUGGUGUAGCAGAGGGAGGGGAGGCCACCACUGUGUUGGAGGCGGCGGUGGGUGCAGAAGACGUCCUGCACCCUGUGCCAGAGGAGGAUGCUGAGUACCAUGAUGCCACCGAGGAGCACAAGGAUACUUGAUCGUAUACAUGCAUGAUGUCCUCUUGGAUCCAGCAUGCAAAGGUUCUAGUAGUCAACUGUUGGCUGAGUGCUACCUGGGGUUUCUACUUGGCACAUUAGCUGUUCGUGAAGACUUUUACUGCUCCAUCAGUGCUUUCACUCUGUUGUAUUUUCUGUUGUGCGUGGUGAACAUUUGUUCUCCAGAACCUUUUGUACUUUCUGGACAUGCAUUGUCUAUUUCUGAUGAAAUUACAGUUUGACUUCUUAGAGAACCAAGUAGUUGUCUCCGUGAUGUUUUCAGCUAUACUAUUGUGUCUUAAAAGUAACUUUGUGGGAGAUACUGUGAAUCUCUCGAUGUGCUCAUUGUCAAUAUCAUGUCCAGAGAAACUUCCUUUA